AUGACGAUAAGCAACUUGGGAGACGACCUUCUCGUGGAGAUUCUGAUUCUCAGCUUCCCGAACCCUAGGUCCGCCUGCCGGAGCAAAUCUGUCUGCAAGAGGUGGAAAACCGUGAUCUCCAGCCCCCGUUUCAACCGCCGUUUCGUUUCGCACCAUCAGAGCAUCAACGAACCAAAACCCCCUAUCCUUCUCGCCUCCAACGACCCGGAAUCGGUCAUCCGGGGCUUCCUCCCGACGCCCGCUCCUGGUGCCAACAGAUUCGGCCGCCCACAGCAUUUCAUGGUUUUCGAUUCCUUGGACGACUUGCUUUUAUGCGGGUUUGCGGAAGCAGGUGAGAUCCUUUCCCAUGACGAAAUCUUCAGAUCGUACUUGCUGUGCAAUCCAUUCACGAAGCAGUGGGUAGCCCUUCCUCUGGCGCCUGAAAGACCGGCUGGGUACAAGAGCUUGGUUCCGAGCUUAGUUUGUGAUUCUAACAUCAAUCUUGAUCUUGGUGAUGGCCAAGCAUUUGCUCAUAGCUCCGACUAUCGGUUCCGGGUGGUGUGUAUGUAUCAGCACAGCAACUCUACCAAGUUAGACGUGUUCUGUUCCGAGAUCGGGGAAUGGAUGAAGGAGGCUCUUAAGAAUGCCAACAAGUGGAUGGAGUUGAACAAUCCGGACAUCAGAGGGAAGGCAAGAGAUCAGCAAUAGGUUGGUGUUGUUGAUGCACUCCAGGUCGUACCUGACACAGAUGAUGAAACUGUCCUUUGAACAAUUUGGCUGAAAGGCGGGGUUUGGGUGGGUUGGUGGUGAACUUGUGCAACAGAGUGAGGUGAGCAAGAUAAUGGCAAUGGAGAGGAGAACCAAGCAAGACUCGAGGAGCAGUGGAGGCUGCAGUAUCAACAGCUGAGAAGAUAAGGAAUAGGUGUGCAUAUGGUUGGGUGCAGCUUAACAACCUCCUUUUCACUGGCUGAAGCUUGUUUCUACUUUCUGCACCACUCCUUCAUAGCUGCCCUGUUCUUGCUUUCUGUGUUUGGAAAAAUCAAUAUAUCAAUUCCUUUUCUUGGUCUCUUGUUGUAAUUAUCGUCCGUAAAUCAUGUACUGUUGAUUGUUACUACUGGUGGUUUCAAUGCUUGGCCUUGCUCAAGAUCAAAGUGGCCGAAGUCUGUAGCCUAGUAGAAAUUCCAGUCUUUCUCCUGUGGUUUCUCUCGUAACUUUGGUUGUCCAAUCCGCGGCUGGAGAAAAUUACGGCAAUGUCGUUGUCAGAAAUGUCUAGAU